UAGCGGAGCCCUCAGGCCCCGAAAACUACAACUCCCGGCAUGCCGUGAGCCCGACGACCGCAGAGCUGAGGCGGGGUCGGGCGCGUCAGCCGGCCGGCCGGCUCCCCACGGCGGCGCCGGGAGCUGUGGCCGCCGCUGGCGCGCGAGGAGCGGGGACGCGUGCCAUGGAGGAGACGCCACCCCCACUGCUAGCCGGCAGCAAGCCGCACCUGGAGAAGCUGACCCUGGGCGUCACCCGCAUCCUAGAAUCUUCCCCAGGUGUGACAGAGGUGAGCAUAAUAGAAAAGCUGCCUGCUGAACGUCAUAUGAUUUCUUCAUGGGAACAGAAAAACAAUUGUGUGAUGCCUGAAGAUGUGAGAAACUUCUACUUGAUGACCAACGGUUUUCAUAUGACGUGGAGUGUGAAGCUAGAUGAGCAAAUCAUUCCACUGGGAAGCAUGGUGAUUAACGGCAUUUCAAAACUGACUCAACUCAUCCAAUCUUCCAUGUAUUCACUUCCUAACUCACCAACUCUGGCAGACCUAGAAGAUGAUAUUCAAGAAGACAAUGAAGACCAGCCAGAGAAGCCUCACUUUGAUAAUCGCAGUGCAAUAUUUGAGCUGGAUUCGUGCAAUGGGAAUGGGAAAGUUUGCCUUGUCUACAAAAAUGGGAAACCUGGAUUAGCUCAUGCCACUGAGAUCUGGUUCCUAGACAGAGCAUUAUACUGGCAUUUUCUCACAGAUACCUUCACUGCCUACUACCGCCUGCUCAUCACCCACUUGGGCCUGCCCCAGUGGCAGUAUGCCUUCACCCGCUAUGGCAUUAGCCCACAGGCUAAGCAAUGGUUCAGCAUGUACAAACCCAUCACCUACAACACAAACCUACUCACAGAAGAGCCCGACGCCUUUGUGAACAAGCUGGACCCCAGCAAAGUGUUCAAGAGCAAGAACAAGAUCCUAAUCCCCAAAAAGAAAGGGCCUGUGCAGCCUGCUACUGGCCAGAAGGGGCCUGGGCCCUUGCCUACUCCUACCACUAAGCCUUCCUCAGGCUCUGGAAACCCUGUCCGAAAAUAAGCCUUCCAUCAACCUCACAGUGGUAAUAGCAGAUGCACAGAUGCCCUGGGGUGGCCUGACCCUUAAACACUUUGUGACUGUAGACAUUCUCCUGAGUGACCAAAGUCUUGGGCCUUUACUCCCACAAUCAUUUGGAAGGAGUUGGGAAGACCGCACUGAAUUCUCCCCAAGGGUCCUUUCCUCUGUAGUUUGUGCCAACCCUGUCUCCAAAACCAGCUAAAACUUUCAGAUGAACCUAGAGCUUUCUUAUGUCUGUACCCAGUCCUUAAUUUGUUAGCAAUAAUUAGAGAAGUGCACCCCAAAUAAAUCCAUGGCUUGAUUCAUGAAGCAUCAAUAA